AUGCUGCAAGAGGGAACCAUCGGAGACACGCUCAUCCUUUUCCUCCAGUGCGCAAUCUUCACUGUUCUGAAGGUGCGAGAGCUCUAUGCCCCUGCCAGCUUCGAGCGGCAGCGCCUGUUGGAACACGAUGUAUGGUGGAACACCUGUGUGGAGGUCGAGGAUUACGUGGUCAAACUCGCAACGUCCCUGCGCUCGGCGAUCAACCGCGACCGGCUUAGCCGCCUCCUGAUCGAUGUGCUGGAAAAUGGCCAAGUCGCCGAGCGCUUCGCCAUCGAUUUUCCGCGAGAUCCGCAGCUGCUGAUGGCCAAACCACUGGACGAAGUCGUGAGCGCUUUCCGCUCGUCCCUUGUGAAGCUCGAGAUGUCGGCAUCGGUGCUGCCUCCCGCACGACCGGGAGCGCGCUGGCGUGCUCUCGCGGUGACGCGGCCGGCUGCAGAGUUCUUGCGGCCGGAGGCACUGGUUCCUCGCUGGCAGCUUUCUGCGCCGAGCCUCCCGCAGAGGCCUCAUCACUUCCUCCCGCUGGGCGCUGUGCGUGGGUCCGGUGCGGCCGGAAUUGUGGUGGUCGAAGUGCAUGUGGAAGACAUGCGCGUGACUGGUGGGCUGGAGGCCGACAUCGUGGUAUCAUCGCAGGCUGGUGGGGCAACCUCUGUCUGUCGAAGACCUGGUUUGCAGAAGACGAGACGCCCCAGCGAAGAUGAUGCUUGCAAAAACGAGUUCGAGGUCAGCUGCACCGACCUGGCGUUGCCCAGGAGCCUUGAAGAUCGGCAGCAGCUCCUUCGGAGGGCGCUUCUGUCCAAGAAAAUCUAUGGCGCCUGGCGGCGAGCUCCGGGCGACCUGCUGCUUCGCCUCAACUUCGCAGCGAAGGGCCUCAUCAGCUCUCAGGAGGCUCCGGCAGAAGAGGUCUAUGCCGCAAUGAGGCACUACGCUGGAAGGUUGUGCUUGCCCAGCUGGAGGUCCUACAAUGGCUACGUCGCUUCAAUUCAGGACAACGUGAACCGGAAAGGGUGGCAAUGGGCAGAGCUUACUGAGAAAAAGGGGCCUUGCCAUGCUUGUGUUGCUCUCGUUGGCGUGCUCGACUCGCGGCAUUUUGUGACCCUUGGUAGACUAUUCGGGUGA